AUGCCUCAACAUACACCUCCAGGAGCGUUUCCCGUGCUGAAUACUAGCACAGCACUCACAAAAGCCAAGCGAAAAGACCAACAUGCCAAGGAUGAUACUCAUCUGAGAUUUAAAGCACAAAUGACCAAAUUCAAAGGCUACUUUCACAGGAAGGAGAGCGUGGUGAGUGCAACAUCAUCGGCAACAUCAUCGUCAACGCCUACAAGAAGAGGAUUCUGGAAGAAGAAGGAAACAUCCAAUGAAAUAGUCAUGCAGCAGCAGACAAACGCAGUAGGGAGUUUGCUGAUGGUGAGCGUGCCCAUCACAAUCUCUAGCACAUCGCAUUACUAUGGCAACAGCAGCAGCUCUUCCUCAAACCCUACCGCAACAUCCAUAGUGCAGCAAUUGAUUAUACUACCGCCAUUGCAAGUGUACGGCUUUAUGUUUCUAACUGCUCUUCUACUGCUAGUGAUUGCAUUUGCCAUACUACAGAUCCAUCGCACAUUAUCCAUAUUUCAGUUGGCAGUAGAUGGCUUGAGAUAUGUUCUCGUUGGAUUCACUACCAACUCUCUAUCGGCUUUUUCAUUUCUGAAAUCUUGGUUUUAA